UUCCCCCACAGUGUCACGGAGCUCUGUGAUUCUGAGGAAUAACGAGUGCCAGCACCCACCUCGCUGUCUCCUUUUAUCUGCAGGUGUUCCAGAAACUUCAAAAUGCGUCUGGAAGAGCUGAAAAGACGGCGGAAUCCUCUGGAACAAGUUAAUGAUGGAAAAUAUUUACUUGAAAACCACCAGCUGGCCAUGGAUAUGGAGAAUAAUAUUGAAAAAUAUCACCUCAAUCUACAGCCCUUGGAAUCAAAGGUCAAAAUCAUCCAGCGCGCAUGGCGUGAGUACCUGCAGAGGCAGGACCCCCUGGAGAAGCGAAGCCCGUCUCCGCCCUCGGUGUCCUCGGACAAGCUGAGCAGCUCGGUCAGCAUGAACACCUUCUCUGACAGCAGCACGCCGGAUUACCGAGAGGAUGGGAUGGAUCUAGGCAGUGACGCCGGCAGCAGCAGCAGCAGUAGCCGCGCCAGCUCGCAGUCCAACUCCACCAAAGUGACCCCUUGCUCCGAGUGCAAGUCCUCAUCGUCGCCGGGGGGCAGCCUGGACUUGGUGUCUGCGCUGGAGGACUAUGAGGAGCCCUUCCCGGUCUAUCAGAAGAAGGUGAUUGAUGAGUGGGCGCCGGGGGAGGACGGCGAGGAGGAGGAAGAGGAGGAGGACGAGCGCGACGAACGCGGGUACCGGGAUGACCGCUGUCCCGCCGAGGCGCCGGGGGACGUGAGCGCCAGGACACGCAGCGGCGGCGGGGGCAGGAGCGCCACCAGCGCCAUGCCGCCCCCGAUGCCCAAUGGCAACCUCCAUCCACACGACCCCCAAGACCUCGGGCACAAUGGCAAUGUGGUGGUGGUCGGGCGACCCAACGGAUCUCGGGGACCCCGCCGGGCUCUCCAGAAGCCUCACCCUGCGGGGGGUCGGCGGGGCGGCCGGCCGGCGGCUGGAGGCCUUUGCCUACAGCCCACGGACUGCGGGACGUGCGUGCCGGAGGAGCCCCCGGGGCCCCCCAUGGACUGGGAGGCUCUGGAGAAGCAUCUGGCUGGACUGCAGUUCCGGGAGCAGGAGGUGCGGAACCAGGGCCAGGCGAGGACCAACUCCACCUCCACCAGGCAGUUGGGUUACCUGUCGCCAGGUGACAAGGAACUGAGGAGAGUGAUGUCCUGUUUGCUUUCUCACAGCCUGCAGAGUGGGAUGAACCUGCAGAUCUGCUUUGUCAAUGACAGUGGCAGUGACAAGGACAGUGAUGCUGAUGACAGUAAGACCGAAACCAGCUUGGACACCCCACUGUCUCCCAUGAGCAAACAGAGUUCUUCCUAUUCCGAUAGAGACACUACUGAAGAAGAAUCUGAAUCCCUGGAUGACAUGGAUUUUCUCACAAGGCAAAAGAAAUUGCAAGCUGAAGCCAAAAUGGCCCUUGCCAUGGCCAAACCAAUGGCCAAAAUGCAAGUAGAAGUGGAAAAACAGAACAGGAAGAAGUCUCCGGUCGCUGAUCUACUGCCACACAUGCCUCAUAUAAGUGAGUGCUUGAUGAAAAGGAGUUUAAAGCCUGCCGACCUGAGAGACAUGACCAUCGGGCAGCUACAGGUGAUAGUCAAUGACCUCCAUUCCCAGAUAGAAAGCCUGAAUGAGGAACUGGUGCAGCUGCUCCUCGUCCGGGACGAGCUGCACACAGAGCAGGAUGCCAUGCUGGUGGACAUCGAGGACCUGACCAGACAUGCUGAAAGCCAGCAGAAGCACAUGGCAGAGAAAAUGCCUGCAAAGUGAAGGGACACCACCCACCCAGAGGGCAAGCUGGAAUUUAUUUUGCUUCUGUGACUGUAAAAAUGCUGUUGCUAAAGGUGGCGCAGAAACAAAUAUCAGUGUUAGUCAUUGAUGAUGUCUGAAGCUUAACGUCCAGUGAUUGGCCUUUGCUUCUUAAUUUAUUUUAAUUUUUUACUGUGCCACUAAAUAUCAGGCAUUUUAAUAAAAUAUUGUUACAAAAAAUGUACAGUACUUACACCAUCACAAACCAUGGUUAAUCAGAGAAGGUAGUUUUAACUUUAUUUUUGUUUGUUUAGGGAUUCUAAGUUGGAGCAGUAUUUUGCAUUGACUACUUUCAUUCUUCACUGUAGUUUUAAGGACUGUAAAUGACGGUGCUACCCCAGUCAGAAAUACAUGCCUGCCUCGUAGUGAACUUGUAACUCCCGGUAACAUGUAUAUUUGAAUCAGUUUUCAACAUUUUGUGAAUGUUGACUACCUGAAGUUCAUUUUUAGAUGUGCUAUUAACAUUCUGUUGGAUUCAGAAGGUUCCUUGAAAGUUUUAUGUAUAAAUAUGUAAAAUAAAAAUUAAAACUUUGUUUCAUAUGAUA